AUGGUCUUCCCCGGUAGAAGGAGCAUCGGCUGCUAUACCUGUCGCCAGCGCAAGGUCAAGUGCGAUGCAAAGCGGCCCGCAUGCGACAGAUGCACCAAGUUUGGCAGAACUUGCCCGGGAUACCCUGACACAUUCGCAUUCAAGGCGUACGAUGGCUCGUCGCAUCGCAUCGCUUCGACUUCGCGGUGGGUUGACCAGCCUCCGAGUACUGUCGGAUCACCGGCCAGCCAUGAACGCGAAGGAUCUCACGUUGCAGAUGCGCCUAUAUCUGCACCUGCGCCGGUACCUGCAUCUUCUGCUGCGCCCGUGCCCGUGUCCGACCACAGCCCUGAUGUAUACAUCUCCCACCUUGACAGCAUUUCAUCGCCUUCUUCCCCUCUCACAUUUGUAUCCAUGAACAUCCCUCAAUCCAUCUCCACAUCACACAGCGAUGACGUCCCUCUAUCGUUCUUCAUGCACACGCACGUCUUGAUCGUCGACAAGUCCCCCUGCGGCGGACACCUCGCUUUCCUGCCGGAAUUCUAUCGCGAGAAGUCAUCUGAGCCUUGUCUGCGACAUUCCGUACUGAGCUUAGGUUGUCUGGCUUUGUUCAACUACCACCGGUCAAAGGACCUCUGGAUCAAAGCGAGGAAGCAUUACAGUGCAGCUCUCGCCGCUCUUGCUGCAGCCAUUGAUACGAAGGAGUCAGCAAUCAGAGAUGAGGUCUUUGCUAGUGCUCUGUUCUUGGGGAUAUUUACGGAUCUGAAUGGCGAGCGGAGGACAAACUUGAACGAUCACAUCCCUGGAGUGUAUGCUUUGAUACAAGCCCGAGGCUCUGCCUGCUUGACAGGGAAGUACGGACGCCGACUGCUUGCUUGGGCAUUUAACCAACUGCAAAUCCAAGCAAUCGCGAACAACGAACACGGCUAUGCACAUCUUCCUUCUCUCUUCGAAGACCUCCAGAGACCAGACAGCGUCUGUCAAGCCAUCAAACUGGUCAGUCUGAUAUCUGGUUUCUGCCAAUCGACCACGGAUGCCACACGGGAACAGUUUACGCACCAACUGUGUUCAUACACCACAUCGCAGGAUGUUGAGUACGUCUUCGACGAAAUCGCAAACUGGGAAACCCGUCUCCCAGGUCACUGGAAACGCCAGCUCGAACAUAUGCGAUACGACUCCGCAUGGAACCAGGAACCAUCGGGCCAGAACAUAUGGACGGCCUGCUUCAUGGCGCUCAUAAACUCGAGUAUCCUGCUUUUCUACAUCCAAUGCCUCGACUACCUUCCAGCUCUCUUCCUCGCCGAUUACGAGUACGAGGCCGAAGAACUAGACCCUCCCUUGUUACACCACGAUAUCUUCCAGCGCAUCUGCGGAACGCUCAACGUGAUCUGCUCCGCCGUCCGAUAUACAAUCGGUGAUUUGGAUGCCUACGGCAUUUUCCGACCAUUCCACGACCUCAACCACGGAAUCACGUACAAUCUCAUCUGGCCGAUGUCGCUUGUCUCGCAGUGCCGAUUCGCGUCGCCGGAACAGGCUCUCCUUUGCAGCGAGGCCCUGCACUAUACACAAUGGACAACAGGGCGGUCUUGA